AUGAGGCUUUCCAGCCUGUUUUUCGGCACAGUAGGAAUACUGUCGCCAAUCACCACAUCCGCACUAGAGUUGAAUGUUGACGAUCCAGCUUCUAUCAAGCAAGCGACCAAAGUUGUCGCUGCAGGUCUUCGAGAAUGGUACACCGGUGACCGACCCGGAGACGUCCCGGGAAACUUGCCAGACCCCUACUACUGGUGGCUAUGUGGUGCCAUGUUUGGUUCCUUUGUCGACUACUGGUAUUACACGGGUGACGAUACAUACAAUAAUAUCACAACACAAGCCUUGGUGCAUCAAAUAGGUCAACCACAGGCGUUUAUGCCGCCCAACCAAACCAGUACUCUAGGAAAUGACGAUCAAGCCUUUUGGGCAUUGACGGCCCUAUCAGCAGCUGAAAAUAAGCUCCCAGACGCCGAAGGACAAAUGUCCUGGUUAUCACUCGCUAUUGCAGUUUUCAACACGCAGGUGCCGCGUUGGAAUCCUAGGACCUGUGGAGGUGGACUUAACUGGCAGAUUUUCUCUUUCAACAACGGCUUCGACUAUAAGAACACAAUCUCAAACGGAUGCUUCUUCAACAUUGCUGCCAGGCUUGCAAAAUACACCAAAAACGACACCUAUACAGAGUGGGCGAUAAAAGCAUGGGAGUGGGAACUCAGUGUCGGGUUGAUGAGCAAAGAUUAUCAUUUCUAUGAUGGAACCAGCGAGCGACAAAACUGCACAGAGUUGAACCAUAUCCAAUGGACAUACAACGCAGGUAUUCAUAUGUCGGGUGCUGCAGCAUUGUGGAACAUGUCAGAAACUAGGGGUAAUGCUAGCCAAGCCGAAUAUUGGCGAACACGUUUGGAGGGAAUUAUCGACGGUGUUGGUGUUUUCUUCAACCCGGAAGGCGCACCGGACGUCAUGAGCGAAGUAGCUUGCGAGCGAAACGGACUUUGCGAUCACGACCAGCGCUCUUUCAAGGCCUAUCUCAGCCGCUGGAUGGGAUACACAAUGUUGACCGCUCCCUGGACAAGAGAAAAGAUUAUGCCCAAGCUCAGGGCUUCUGCUGCGGCAGCAGCAAAACAAUGCGGACCAGGAAAAGGCGGAUGUGGUCUUCGCUGGUGGAGGAACGGCGUAAACGACGGAGAAGUCGGCGUCGGAGAACAAAUGUCUGCAUUGGAGGUGAUGCAAAAUCUCCUCAUUGACCAGGUCGCUGGACCGGUCGGAUUGGACACGGGAGGCAUCAGUAAAAACGAUCCAAAUGCUGGAAGUGAUGUUGGGAGUUUCGUGGUCAAGCACAAUGCGAUAACAACCGCGGAUAGGGCAGGUGCAGCCAUCCUCACUAUCUUGGUUGUUAGCAUAUUAUUUGGUGGAGCAUGGUGGAUGAUAAUGGGCGAAUAA